CAGCGCCAGCCUUCUCAAUUCGCGGGGAGGAUCCUGCGUGGCGUAAAAGGAACGUCGGAGGCAGCCUUACCUGCGGAGGUUGCGACGGACGACGAGUCGGCGGUAUAUUUCAUAAAGCAAGUCAGUUGAAGUCGAAAUAGAGCAACAGGCAGCCGUAAGAAGCUCUGGAAUAUGUUGGUCGGCAUCAACGCGGCAACAUUGGUGUCAUCAACAAAAAUGGCCAGCAAGAUGAUGUUGCCAAACGUUGCGUUACUGUUUGCAAUUCUCGUAUGCCAUGGUCUGUGUAUCGAGCAAAAUCUGACGGCCCUCUUUCACGAAGCCUUAUCAAACGACGGGAGUCUGCAGUCCUCAGUUGGGAUGACAAAUGAGCCCAGUGAUCUGGAACUGGUUUAUCUGAGGAGGAGACCCUCUGCUCGCCUGCCUGAAGUGGUUAUCAACACCAAGAAGAAACGGAAGCUCCCGCCGGUGACCCUCUCUUAUACGUUCAAGGCGUUUGGAAGGGAUUACAGCCUCCACCUGAUGCCGAUGCCGAACCUAGUCUCAGCCAAGGCAGAGGUGUUUGUCACUGGGGGAGAGAGGAACUCGCGUUUGCCUAUUCCGGCCACGUCUUGUCUCUACACCCACGUCGAUCAUCACAUUACAGCCGCCCUCAGUGGUUGUAAACCUGGCACGCUGACCGGCUUCAUCGUCAAAGAAAACACGACCAUAGAAGUCCGUCCGCUCCGGGGCUCGGAAGUCAAAUCCAUCCACCGAACUAUAGCCAAGAGGGGAGGAGGAGCACGCUUCGGCCGCCAGGGAAUCCCUCACCUCGUCAGGAGAAUCGUCAAGAGGGUGGCGCCACGGCCGAAUCCCUUCGAGAUGGAACUCGACAUCCCACCGCCGGCUUGUAAUGAACCGCUUGGGAACGCUUUGCCUGAUGAAAUGGAAUUUGGUCAAGGAGAAAUCUUCACCAUCCCACCUCAGUCUCUGCAGGAUCGUCAGAGCACCCUGCCUCCGGUGAUAGAAGUAGCCAUUUUCCCGGAGGUCGAGCCGUCGUCUCCCGCCAUGACAGAGAUAGAGGAAGACCCCGAAGGACUUCUGCUGCCGCCGUUACCGCCUUUCAUCAAGAGAGACCCGCCGGAGGAUCUGGGCAACAAUGGAACGACGCCUUCUGAAAGAAGAGACCCUAAACCUAUGAAGGGCGUAGACAGGGAGCCUAAACCAAUCGUCUUCACUACCGGGACGCCGCCCUUGGGGCACGGGGCCGAUGACAGAGAACCCAAACCGCUCAUUCCUGAGGAUGCCCAGAUGCCCAAACGUAGUGGAGGAGGAGGAGGGGGCAAGACCGUGGAGCUCGGCGUAUUCUUUGACCAAGCAGCGUAUGACCUCUUCUUCCCUUAUCUAGGGUCUCAAGAAGCCCUCACCGACGUCAUCCUGGGAUAUGUCAAUGGGAUCCAGGCGCUGUUCCACCACCCGACGCUCGGCCAGAAGAUCCACCUGGUCAUCAACUACAUCGAGGUGAUGUCGAAGCAGCCGGAGACGCUCCACCACUUCGGGGGGGACCGCGAAAAGCUCUACGAGUCCUUCAGGCUUUACAACGAGCGGAGGAACGAGGAGGCCACCAACAAGGUCGACGGGAACCCCUGGGAUAUGGGCAUCCUCAUCUCCGGCCUCAACUUCUACAGCAUAGCGAAGCCUGACGGCAGAGCGACGUAUUCUACGAUGGGUCUGGCCGCAGUUCGGGGCGUGUGCCACUCCGGUUACAGCGCCGUCAUCGUGGAGCUUGGCGCAACAGACACCUGGGGGAAGCCCUACCCAUCGGCAGGAUUCGCCUCCGUUUACGUCAUGGCUCACGAAAUGGGUCACAACUUGGGUAUGCUGCACGAUGGGUAUGGCAAUUCCUGCCCCAAGAAUGGGUACGUGAUGUCGGCCUCGAGAUCCACCAGCGGCGAGACGAACUGGUCCUCGUGCUCGAGGGAAAUUAUCGAAACAAUGACAGCGCCCUGUUUGGAUGACGUGCCCUCCGAACCGUCGAUCCACGACCACAGCAUCUACGAGCAACUGCCCGGGCAGAGCUGGGACGCCUAUGAUCAGUGUCGGGUCUUUCUGAGGGACGAUGACGCCACCCUCUACAACGAGACGAUCGGCGCGGAUGUGUGUCAGACCGUCAUGUGCCGAAGCCCUCAUCGAAUCGGCUACUUCAAAGCUGGACCCGCCCUUGACGGUACCUACUGCGGCCAUGAUCGAUGGUGCAUCGCGGGGACGUGUACGCCUUGGCCAUCUGAUCGCGUUCCGAAGGUGGUCACCGGAGGCUGGAGCUCCUGGGAGCACACGGAGUGUUCCUCAGGAUGCAUUGAGGGCGGCAUGGGCGUACAAGUUUCGCGUCGAAAGUGCACGAACCCUAAGCCCCAAAACACGGACCAGCGAUGUCCAGGACUGGAAACCACCCUCAAUGUGUGUGACGAUACAAAGGUAUGCAAUGGCAAACGGCUCUCAAUAACCUCUUACGCCGACGAGAAGUGCAAGGAGUUCUCCCAGGUGGUGAAGGAUCUUAAAGCUGUAGGUGCACAGGCUCCCCAUAAUCCAGAUCGCAUUUGGCAGGCCUGCGCCAUCUUUUGCCAGAGGGCAUCGGGCACUUGGUAUUCUCCCAGGACCGACCUCUCGCAUCUCUCCCACUUCGACACAUACUUCCCUGAUGGCACCGCCUGUCACACGGAAGGCAAGAUAGAGUUCUAUUGUCAGCGCCACCAGUGCCUCCCCAGGGGUGAGAGACAAGCCAAGGAACUUCAAGAACCUGAUCCAGAGUGGGACGUCCACGUGUACCAAAAUGCCCCUCCGAGACCCUCUAACAACACGGUGCCCGAGCAGGUUGCCCGGAUCUUCGAGCUCUCCGAAAACAUGGACCCAAUUCAGAAAGAGCCUCUGGAUCUGACCCACGAGGACGACGAGGACCUCUGGGAGGACAACGACUACUACCAUCCCCAUUAAGACCCUCUCCAACAUAGCAAGUUAACCCAAGAUGCUCUCCAACAUAGCAAGUUAACCCGAGAUGCUCUCCAACAUAGCAAGUUAACCCAAGACGCUCUCCAACAUAGCAAGUUAACCCAAGAAGCUCUCCAACAUAGCAAGUUAACCCAAGAAGCUCUCCAACAUAGCAAGUUAACCCAAGACGCUCUCCAACAUAGCAAGUUAACCCAAGACCCUCUUCAACGUUGUAUUUUAGCUCCAAGUCAACCCAUGUUCGCAAAGGCAGCAGACAGGAGCAGUUCUAUAUAGGACGGUUUCUGACUCGCUCUACCGUCACCUUUUCAAAGCGGUUUUCCAAAUUUGCUUAAAAAAAUAUAUAUAUGACGUUUAAGGAUUGGCGCCGACGGCGUAAGGCCCCAAUAUAAAGUAGCUGAAAGUAGCUACGUUAAGACUGAUGGGAUUUGCUUCAAAUUUUGACCAAUUAUUGUACGAAAAUGCUGCUCAUAGGUGAGUCAAUGCAGUAAAUGCGGUGAACAAAUAAGUAAAACAAAAAUAAAAUCAAAACUAUAGCAAAAUCACAUCAACCGUGCAUCUGAUGUCUAGGCCAGUCCCUUACGACGCUCCUGAACAGCCAAUCAGGAGCGUCGUAAGGGAUUGGCCUAGACAUCAGAUGCACGGUUAAUGUGAAUUUACUAUAGUUCAGGACAUGCUUAUUUAGACCUAAACCAGUUCAAAAUUGUUAAUAACUAAAAUUCGAUCAUUUCUGGAAAUUCAGGGGUCGGCGCUCCCCUUAUUGGUGGUUGUCGUGAUUGAAGUUUCACGGAGCGUCUGUCAACGGAGAGUUAGUGAUUCGUCACGUAUAGUGGUGAAUCAUACAGGUUCAUGAAUCACGCUCACUGGAAUAUGCUGGUGUUGGGUUGGUGAUGAAUGACUCAUUCGUCUCUUACAUCAAAAGUGUGUUCAUAUAAAUGCGUCUGUAUAUCAGUAUUCAUUCACAAUCCGACAGAGAGAGAGAGAGAGAGUAUACCCAUUUUAAUUUGACAGCGUAAUGGCAAAUUCUGGAAGGAUCUUUGAAAAUUUUCAGAAUAUGGAUACACAACAAUUUUUUAAUUCUUUGAAUGUUCGAGCUAUAUCCAUGGAGAGAGAGAGAGAGAGAGAGAGAGAGAGAGAGAGAGAGAGAGAGAGAGAGAGAGAGAGAGAGAGAAUUAUAGUCAUUUACAAGUUACUGAUAAGACCAAGAUUGUCCUAGUCGUAAUAAUGCAUCUGAUAAAGUUGACUGACUGGGAAAAAAAGCCGGAAUGUAAAUUUCAUAAGAAUCACAAACUACUGUAAUAGUUACUGAAAAAUGGAGCAGACCAUAGAAGUCUAUUCCGAAAUCAAACUCGAAACGCUAGGCUUGAUAUCCGUUCAAUUACCGCCAGGAAUUACGUCCUGAUGUAAUUUGUCAUCCAAUAAAGGAGCCGUAAGGCAAUGCCACAUCAGCUCGAGAGAGGAAAUUACAUUGCUUAAUGUGACGUGACUGUAAUUGUUUGUUACGCAUGCUUGGCAAUCUUCGUCAACAGAGAUUUGGGGAUUGGGGCCUUCAGGGAUAAGUAAAUUACAGCUUUGAUUCAAUUUCCAUUUUAUUAUUAUUAUUAUUAUUAUUAUUAUUAUUAUUAUUAUUAUUAUUAUUAUUAUUAUUAUUAUUAUUAUUAAUUAAUCAAUUAAUUCACAAUAUCAUGAUAAACUUCUAUGUAAUAAAAAUCCACAGUUAUAUAAGUUGCAUUAUUAUUAUUAUUAUUAUUAUUAUUAUUAUUAUUAUUAUUAUUAUUAUUAUUAUUAUUAUUAUUAUUAUUAUUAUCAAAGAUGUUUAUUUGAACAUCACUCACUGUACUCUUGUUCCUCUUUCUGAAGAAUAUGUUCGCUGGUAAGAUGUUUUUGUUAUUGCUGUUUCGUCAUUUUAGAAUU